CCUUUUUUGACAGGAGUUUCGGGCUCAAUAGUAGGAGCGGUGGCUGUUUUUUCCGGUGAUGUUUCCUCAACAUUGGAUAUAUUAUUAGAUAACAGUAUGUGUGAAUCAGAAUUUGUCGUGCCAUUUAGGCUCGAUGAUCUUUUUAUGAAUUCUUCCCGGCAGUAUUCGGUUCAGGAAGUGUAUUCUAAGCAAUAUAUAACAGUGGAAGUGUUACAACUGAAACGCUCCAUGUAUGAUGAUAGUGAUGGCUUUAUUUUUAAACACUUUGAUUUGUACUGUAAUCUAAUAAGACAGUUUAAAGAUUUUGAUGAAAGUACAUUGCUUACUGCUUUUCGAGUUCUUGCUCAAGUUGCUGAAAAGAUGUUUAAGUCACUCGAAAGCUUGCUGGAAGAUGAAGAUGAGGAAUUAGACCAGGAUUUGUGUUUUACUAACCGAAAUAUAUUGAAGAUGUGUAUUUACUUACUUUGUCAAUUAACAAAUGUAUACGAAGAAGAGAUUUUGAAAAAGACUAUUGCUGCAAAUAUUGUAAAAGGAAGAAGAAAAAAGGCAUCUGUUGAUGAUUUUGAAUCUAAAGAAUGGCCUGAAGAACGUGUGAAAUUCCUCGUGAUUAUUAAAAAGUUAUUCAGAUUGCCUAUUAAAAAGCUUUGGUCUCCACCUAUUAUUGAACAUGAGUUAAUAAAUUUUGUUACAAAUGUGUUCUUCAAGCUUCUAGAAAAUGCUGAUGUGGCACGAGAUAAAAGUGUCAAGAUGGAAAUAUUUCGAUUUUUAGGAACGAUUCUUAUUGAAAACCGAACUGGUUUAGCUUACAGUAUUAGAAUUCUUCAGCUUGUUCAAGAUUAUGAACAUUUACCUAAUAUCAUGGCUGAAGUUGUUGUCUAUUUUGUACAAGAAUGUUCAGCUGACACCUUAGUUUCAGAUAUAUGCAGAGAGGCAACUUUACUAGACAUGAAAACUUUAACUCAAAAUCUAACUGCUGCCCACUCUUUGUCUACAUUUCUUACAACAAUAUGUGAAAAAUGUCCUGAUAAAGUUUUAAAUAUCAUUGGGUCUCUUCUCCAGUUUCUGGAAUGGGAGUCUCAUGUUAUGAGGAAUUGCACCUUGUCAAUUAUGGGGACUCUUCUGAAUAAAAUUUUAGCUAAUGAAAACCUUGAUGAAAAACAGAAAAAUAUUAGAGAAGAAUUGCUAGACAAAAUUGAAACUCAUCUUUUAGAUACCAACUCUUUUGUUAGAAGUAAGGCAAUUCAAGUCCUGAAAAUGCUUCUGGAUGAAAAAGCACUGGCAUCUUUUGAACUUUAUCGCAUUGGAAUAUCAAUAUCAAAGCGUCUGAGGGAUAAAGCAAGCAAUGUUCGCAAAAAUGCAAUGUCAUUCUUAGCCCAGUUUAUCAAAGUGAAUCAAUUUGCCUGUCAGAUUCCAUUGUCUGUUUUAAAAGAGAGUUAUCAGAAAGAAUCCCAAAAUCUUAAAGAUAUGGAAAAAUCAAGACCAGUCAUAUUUGAUGAUUCUGAUGAUGAUGAGCCUCAAGGAGAGAAAGAAAAAGCUUUAAUUUUUGAUGACUCUGAUGAGGAAGGUGAUUCACAAAAAGCUAAAGAAAAUUCAGGCAACACUGAAGAAAAUGAAAAUGAAGCAAUGGUAUUGGGUGAUGCUGAGCAAAAUCAGGAAAAGACGUCCACGGAUAAUUCAGAUAUUUUGGAGAAACAAGCUCUAGUAGCAUACUUAAAGAACACCUUGAAUUUUGCAGAGGUUAUUCACGGUGUAGUUCAACCUAUAUGUACUCUGCUUCACUCAUCUACCCAAACUGAUGUAUUAGAAGCUAUAGAGUUCCUGACUACAGCAUCUGGCAGCCUAGUGAAUGGAUUAGAAGCUGGUGUUCGGGAAAUACUGAAUUUAGUGUGGUCGAUUGAGUUGCCUAUUAGAGAUGCAGCUUUGAAAGCAUUUAAAGCUCUGUAUCUCACAGAAGUAGAAGAAAAGAGAGAUGUUGCAAACAUAGCCAAGAACCUGUUACUCAUGUUAAGGAAUGCAACUAUGGAUGACUUGGUUAAUUUAGAAGCUUUUGUGCAACACUUUUGUGCUCUUGGCGAAAUCCCUGCCUCCAUGUCGAGCAUACUUUGGACAAACUUUGUGAAUUCUGAUUCUUCUGAUGAAGAAAAAGUAUCUAUUCUGAUAUUGUUAGGCAUGAUAGCAAGUGUAAAUCCUAGUUUUGUGUUGCAAAAUAUGAAUGCUAUUGUCGAAAGGGGAUUACAUCCUGAAAACAGCUUUCUAAUAGCCAUGCAUUCAUUAAAGGUGCUAAAACAAAUCAACAAGAAUAAAAGAGGAAAGUUUGACUCAAUUCGUCCAUCUGAUUUAGAAAUUCGAUUUCCAAAAGAUCAUAUAAUUGCUGAAAAAAUUAAACAUCUUUUGAUUGAAGGUAUCACAAACAAUAAUGAUGAUAAGUGGACACCUAUGGCAAAUGAAGCAGUGUGUGCUAUAUUUGCUCUUAUUGAGGAACCUGCAUCUUUGUGUUCAGAAAUCACUCCACAAAUUGCUGAUCAGCUGAGUAGAUAUUUUGUAUUUACUGACGAAGCUAACAGUGAAGGUACUCCUGAGAAGUUUAAUGUCCCGAGUGUCCAUUUGUCAAGAUUUCUGUCAUUGUGUGGACAUAUUGCUUUACAUUAUGCAACAUAUUUGAAAGUUGAUCACUUUGCUGUUCUCAGAAGAGAAGAACUUUACAGAGAACAGCGAAGAAGGAAAUCGGUUGUCAGUGCCAGUAUCUCUACUCCAAAAUUUUCAAGAGUAAAUGGUAGUCCAUUAAGAUCAAAAAGGCGUAAGAGUAUUCAAAAAGAAUAUAAGCUUAUACCACCUACUGAUGAAGAAACUACUUAUGAACAAGUGCUUGAGAUGUGUGCCGAAGAAGUACAAGAUGAAACAAAGCUGCUUGGAAGCUUAUUACCUCUAGUUGUCGGAAUGUGUCGGCAAACAUUAAGAGACUAUGACAAAGAUAUACAAGCUUCUGCCUCACUAUCUUUAGCAAAGUUUAUGCUACUUGGAGAGAAAGUGUGUGCUGACAACAUACAGCUGCUUGCUACCAUUACUGAAAAAUCUCCAGAACCAUAUAUUAGAGCAAAUAUGAUUAUUGCUUUAGGAGAUUUAAGUACCAGCUUCCCCAAUAUUAUUGAGCCAUGGACAUCUCAAUUGUUUAACAGAUUAUCUGAUCCAGAUGCGUCGGUUAGAGAAUCAGCCAUCAUAACCCUCACUCACCUCAUACUACAAGAUUUUGUUCGUGUAAAAAGCUUGAUAAGUGAAGCAGCCAAGUGCUUAGCAGAUACAGAAAACAAUAUAUCUGAUGUUGCUAAAUUCUUAUUUUUAGAGCUUUCUAAAAAGGGCAAUAUUAUAUACAAUAUCAUACCAGACAUCAUAAGUUCUUUGAGUGAUCCUAAAGCUGAUUUUAGUGAAGAAAAGUUUCAAGUAGUGUUAAAGCACAUGCUUCAGUACGUUGAGAAAGAGAAAUUGGUUGAAGGACUCGUGGAAAAACUGUGCUAUCGAUUUGCUGAUUCAAGCACUGACAUUCAACUCCAUGAGCUGACGUUCUGCUUAAGUAUACUUACUUUGAAUGACAAGUGCUACAGCAAAUUAAUGGAAUUCAAGAACUUCCUGAAAGAGCGUAUGAGUGAUCCUGUCAUCAUGAAAUACAUCACCAACAUUACUGCCAAUGCGAAAAAGAAUGAUGCCAAAACAGCUGCUGAGCUUGAAACUUUCAGGAAAGAACUGGGUCUCUGAAAUGAUCAUUAUUUGUUAUGCACUCACUUUGUAUUUAUUUUAUUUGUAAAUAAUUUAUUGUUUCUUCUUUGAGUCUCAUUUAUACUCUCAACCUGUAAAAAGGAUUAAAAAAAUCAAUAUUUUUGUCAUAAAA